ACGACCACCUUGACCAAGUGACGAUGCUCGGCACGACCCUCUUGCAGACAGCCACAAAGGCCCUGCGCACCCCCGUCGCCCGCCCUUGCCUGUGUCGCUCCCCGCUCGCCUCGACCUCGUCGUCCUCAUCUCCCUCGUCCUCGUCGACCCUCGCCCGCCUCCUCAGCUCGUCCGCCCCGGCCCGCCACCACCUCCUGAGCACCUCCUCCCCCGCACCCUCCCGCUCCCCCUUCACCGCCCUCCACCGCGCCCUGUCGCCCGUCUCGGCUCCGACCACCACCGUGCCCAGCGCGGGCGCAGCUGCUCCCACCACCACCAGCCCGCUCGGCCAGACCCGCACGUUCAAGAUGCCCCGGUGCGUCAAGCGCAAGACGAGCCCCGUCGCGCGCAACGGUGGCGCGGGCAAGGCCGCCAGGAAACACUCGGCGCGCGCGGCAAAGCGCAGGCGACAGCGCUCGAAGAAGAUCAACUAGGCGGCAGCGAGGCGAGGUCGGCGAGCGAGCGAGCGAGCGAGCGACGAGUGGUAGACGGUGCAGCGCAGGCGCCCUUGUCUUUCCCGGG